UCAUCUUCUUCUCUCUCGUUUGCCGUUGUUCUGUGAGCUCACCGGACAACAAAUUGACGUACGUCCAAGAUAUUACAUCAUUGGCUAGGACUCGUUUGAAACACAAGAAACGAAAGGAGUAGAGGAGAUUCCCCCACAACAGCCACUUUUGAUUGGAAAUCACAUGGUAAACCUUGGAAAAGUCUUAAAUAAAUUCAUUUUACACAGGAAAAAAGAAUGGAAGAGAAAAAAGAGAAGCCUGGACUCCCCCCUUUAAAUGUGAAUGCAAUGAAUGCAGGCAUGUUUGGCUUUGCUUUUCCAAUGCCAUUUCCUGUAUUCACUCCCCAAGUAAUGCCGAUGAGAAUGAUGCCGCCCCUCUGGCCACCAAAUAGUACCUUUAUGCAGCAGUACAUGGACGCACUAAGCUCAGGAGUGUUGCACACCAUGAGUAAAUCAACAGGCAGUGGAAAAGAGCCAAAUACUAAAACAGCACAACCCCAUGGAGUUGAAGCCUUCGUUGGAUCUUCUGGACCCUCUGUGUUGGACUUUGCAAGUAAUGGAAGUCACAUGAAUCAAAUGUUAGCAGAAUAUAACAAACAGCAGCAGGGAGGUGCGUUUCUCCCGCAGUUUUCAAACUCCCCACUAAUGUUUCCAUUCAGUGGAUUUGUUCCUUUUGGAUCGUACUUCCCUUAUUUAACUGUACCAACUGGUGAAUUCCCCAAAAAACCAAGUGUAGAUGACCAAAGUCAGUCUAGUUUGGAAACUCAGAGUAAGGAUUUAGACAUUGAUAAUGGGUCAGAAAGCAUGGAUAUCAAUGAGGAGUCAUCACAACCUGAUUGUUCAGCCAUGCAAGAAGAAUUGCUGAAAAAAGGCUCUCAGGAAGUCUUUGUUACAUCUAAUGACUCAUCAUCAGCUGGAAAAGUUAGUUCUUCACAUGAUAUUGGUGACAGCAAAUCUACAGAAAUGGAUGUUGCUCAGAUCCUCAUCGACUUCAUGCAUGUACCUGUGAUAAGUGGCACAAAGCAGGCAUCAGAGAAACCUCCAGAAAAAGGACCUGAUUCUACUUCUUUCAGUACCUCUGUUGUCAAUGAGGAAGUUCCUAACUCGACUGAAAGUGUAGAUGUUCGUGGAGACGCCUUGCCUGAGAGUUCUACUUCUUUUGAGAGUCCUAUAUCAAAGACUGUAGCAUCUGCAACCUUUCAUCAUGAGAAUGUAGAAUCUGCAAAGACUGUACUCCCCAACAGUGAAACUAUUGUCAGAGAUACUCCUCCCAGAAGUUUUUCAGUGAUAAAGGAUGCAUCAGAAAGCAUUCCUGUGAAAACAUUCCAGUCUCAGCCACAAGACAACUUGGAAUCACAGAGUAUUUGUAGUAAUCAUUAUCUAGCCAGUGAUAUAUCAGUAACUGAAAGUUCAAAACAAGAGUGUAACAUCAAGGAAAAUAAUCUUGGAACUUCAAGUGCUGUGGUUUAUCUGACAAAUUCACAUCAAACCAAUGAAGUUCAAAGCACUCAUUCAAGCGUUAUUGCUUAUGUCAAGAGUGAAACCAGAACCAAUUCAAAUAUAGUGACUGAAGUAAGUGAAAAGAAAUCAGUUGAUCUCACUGAACUGACCCCAAAGCCAGUAGAUAAUCAACAGGGGUUUUUUUCUGACGAUGAAAAUGCAAUUCCAACAGUUGAUGACCUUCUGAGAGGUGACAUGGCAAAUGACAAGUCUACUUAUAAGUGCGAAGUCUGCGCUCAGUUGUUUCGAAGUUCCCUUGGACUUCAGAAACAUUUAGAAUUCCAUACAGAUGAUGGACAGCAUUAUACUUGUACAAUCUGUUUUCAGCCUUUUAAGGAAGCCAAAACACUUGACGAUCACAUUGCUCUUCACAUGAGGAAGCGACCACACAAGUGUACUUUCUGUCCUAAAGCUUUUCGUGAUCCAGGCUCUCUACAAAAACAUGUGCGUGUUCACACUGGGGAAAGACCUUAUAAGUGCACAAGUUGUAAUCAGUCAUUUGCAGAAUACAGCUCUCUGCGGAAGCAUCUUCGUGUCCACACUGGAGAGCAGCCUUACCGCUGUCAAUAUUGUUCUAAAGCUUUUUCUAUUUCAGGAAACCUUCAGAGGCAUGUUCUUAUCCACACAGGUGAAAGGCCUUACAAAUGUAGCUUUUGUCCUAAAGCUUUUAACAACCCAAGCCACUUGAGGCGUCAUGUCAAGAACUUACAUUUUAAGGGUGAUGCUACAACUGGCGUUGUAGAAGACAUGAUAUCUGCACUCAAUGGGGAUGUCAGUGCACAGAUAAAACAGAACUUAACAGGGAAUUUGCAGGGGAACAAUGAGCUUGUGGACCAGGGUAAUGAUAUUUCUGUUGGAGGCAGACAGCCGACAGAAAAUUUGACAGAAAAUCUUAGUGCAUGCAGCACUUAAUUCAUUGUGAUAACAUUAAGCUUCAUGAAAAUAUGGUUUAAUUUGCUUUACAUUGAUAGGAUCUGCUUUAGUUAUAAUUUAUGGUCAAUUUUAUAAGUUGUGCUGAGCAGUUCAGUAUAGCUCUAAAGGAAAACCACAGUGAUAGUUAAAUUUGGUUUGAUUCCUCUUCUGUAAACUAAGUGUAUGUUAUGGGACUAUUUGGUUGGAUAUCCUCUUACUGUAGGAUAAAACUGAAUGCCUCUCUGCCCCUACACAUUCCUUUUCUUCCCCAUGCCUUCCUUCGCCUUAUACUUCCCCAGUUUGGAAAGAUGACCUCUGUCUAUGCAGGCUAUUAUCAUGAUUUAGACAACCAACCCUGUUGCCAACUUGCACUACAAUAUUUUCUGAUUGUUUAUCAGCUUUACAAAUUUAUUUAUCUUCAACCUGACAGACCUUUUAUAGUAUUAUAGAUCAGAAAUUUAAUACCAAAAAAUAUUUAAUCAGGUUUUGGGAAUUUCCUUGUGAUAAGUACAUUUGUUUUCUCUAUUUAUGGUGAAAAAUAUCAAUCAACAGUGGAUGGAUUACUAGUUUUGCCUCUCUUGGAGGAAAGUGAUGUUUGUGAGAAAGAAAAUGUUGUUUUUGAAAAAUAAGCUGAAUAAAUUAAGCAUAACUACAUGAUUAGCACUUCCAUUGUAGUACUGUAUUAUAAUGUGUGGAAGUUAGGUACAAUAUUUUGAUGUAACCAUGGUAUUUCCAAGUUACUAAAUGAAAUUUAUCGGUAGAUUCAUUUUGUUUAAGAUAAUGGUGUUCAUAAAUUUAGCACUUUUAGUGUUGCAAUCAGAAUGAGAGCAUGUUUAGUAAAACGCUUAUGUGACCAAGACAUCAUCUUCAAGUGAUGUUGCAUUUUCUGUUCCAUUUUCCCUAUCAGAGUUUAAAAGCUUUGAUAGUCUCGUAAAAUUAGACUACAGCUGUUAUUUUAGCACUUGAAUAAACAUCAUGAAGUUUGGGUUAUAGUGCAAGUGCAAUUUUUAGAGUACAAUGACUCAAAGUUGUGGACUUGUUGCCAUAUUACUUGCAGGGCUUCAUGCAUGAUUUUAUCAGAAUGGCCAGCUUUACCCUAAGCCUAACUUUAAAGAAAUAAACCAAUGAAAAUUUAGAAGAACAUAUUUCUACAACACAGAAGACACAAAAUACUUUUG